AUGAAAAGCAGAUUAUGUAGUUUGAAAGAGAUUAUUCACUAUGUGUACCUCUCUUUCUUGUCAAUAUUUUUGAUUGUAUCACUUUCUGCACCAUGGUACUACAUUCGACUGUGUACAAGUUCGACAGGUUGCCUCAAUAUCCUUUUGCAAAAUAGCAACCAAGAUUUGGACUCAGAGAUAGCAAGCAAGGUCCACGGAAGUCAUGGCCUCACUGUCUUUUGCUUUUUAUUGGUUGUUGUCAAGAAAUCAAACAUGGCAACCAAUUUCUAUCAAUUGGCCAGAAAGAUUUCCAUUUGGUCUCGUUAUGGAAUCCAAGCCCUUUUGUUUAUUUUCGUGGCAGCUGCUUGUUUCAACUUUACCCGUAUCAACAAGGUUAUUUGUGGUGAUACCAAGGUAGAUGAAGAAGCUACACAUAUCUGCAAUAGCUUUUCUGGACACCAAAACAUCACCACCACUAUAAAACCCUUUGGCACUACGAGUGUUUCAGCCGAGUGGGGACCAAAGUCUGGAUACGUAUUCUCUGCACUAUCUGUUGUUUUGGUAUGGUGUUACGUCUUGUAUCUUGUCUUUGUCUUUUGGAGUGGCCUCAAAAAGUCAAAGUCAUCUAAACCAUCAGCUGGAUACUACAAUCCAAAUCAACAACAAGGUGGAGGAGGAUCUAGAUACAGCCAACAUGAACAACAAGGCAGAGAAUCACUCAUUUCACAUAACCCAGAUGACUAUAAUCUCGCCAAUGAAAUAUAA